AUGGUCUCAGAGCUCACUGAACGCAUUCACAAUUUGUGGGCUAUGGGACAUCUACCUCCACCGCGAUCAAACCUCGAGCAUGACCGCAAAUAUUACGUCAUAGAUACUAUUUCUCGCGUUUUCGAACUUCUCAGGGCCUGGGGAGGCGAUAUCCCUCCCCCAACUCCCCCACAACCUAAACCUCAACGACCAAUUGUACCUCUCAGUGACGAACAGCUUGCCAAUCUUGCUGGCGCCCUCAAGAUUUCUUCGCCUGCCACCUACCCCCAAACCGAGGAAGAGUACAUGCAGGAAUUCGUUGAGGAAGUCAGCAAGGUCACUGAAGCUCCCGUAAUCCUGGAGCUUAAGCUCGCAGCAGAUGUCGUAACCAACCCUGGCUUCCUCCCACCACAACAAACAUGCAUCACUACCACCACGACCACACUCUCUCAUUCCUCAACCACUCCAAUGACCGACCUUAUCACUCUGCUCCCGAACAUAUAUCGUACAAACCCCGCUUUACAACCGCUACUCGUCCGCCACAGUCCUUCAUUCGACCAAUGCGGCCUAACAACCGUCGAUCUCGUGACUCUUGAUCCGAGAACCAUCUGUCAACGCGCUCGGAUCAGUUUAAAUGAUGUCAACCGAAUUGUUGAAGGUGUUCGCGACGCUUUAAACGCUGAUACGCUUGGUGGGCCGGUUAAUGCGCCUAAUAUUCGGAGUACGGCUGGGACACCAUCCGCCACGCCUUCGGGGACACCUAGUGCUACCAGUGGCGGUGAAGGGGUUACGAAUUUUCGAGGAAGGAAUAUGGAGGCUUUGAGUCGACGGCAGAGGAUGGUUGAGUUUGGAGAUGAUGGGGUUGAUGGGCUUUUGAACGGGGGCGUCAUGACGGGGAGUUUGGUGGAGAUUGUUGGAGAGAGCGGCGUCGGCAAAACCCAGCUUCUACUCCGUUUAUGCUUCUCGAUCCAACAACCGCCUCAUAACCGUUCCGCGAUAUACAUCUGUACGGAAUCGCAAAUUUCCACGAAAAGGAUGGUAACCAUGCUUGAAGAUCUAGUUUCAAGAAAAGUCCCGGGGUAUGCGGCUCUUAGUAUGAAUCGGAUACAAACCGCUAUGUGUCAGUAUCUUGAAACACUGGAGCAUAUAGUGAAAUACCAGCUACCGCGUGCGAUCGAACAGUUUAAAGCGGGAUUGGUGGUGGUGGAUAGUAUUGCUGCGAAUUUUAGGGUUGAUGAUGAGGAUGGUACCGGUGAUGGUACCGGUGAUGGUGCUACGACAACUGCGAAGGGGAAGGGGAGUAGGAGUGCGAAACUUGCGAGACGGGCGGGGGAUAUUGUACGGCUUGGGAUGUGUUUGAAAGAGAUGGCGAUGAAAUAUAAUGUUGCGGUUGUGGUUGCGAAUCAGGUCUCUGAUACCUUUGAACCGGCGUGGGUUAAGAGGAAUAGAGAGAUAUCGACACAGUACCAGCAGCAGCAGCAACCUCCAUCUUCUUCAGCUAUUGUUUCUUCAAUCGAUUCGAGUAUGGGGACUCAGACUCCUACCACGCAAUUCGGACAGGUGGUGCACACCCAACGGGCUGCGUCGCAGGAGAUACCAUUGACUAUGUCACAAUAUGGACUUCCUACGGACGAAUUGAUGAUGACUUAUGAUUAUCAGGCGAAGUGGUUUAACGGGUGGGGGGAGGAGAUUGAUGAUAUUGCAGCGGUUGGGGAAGGAGGGGAUGAGGUUUUGAUACAAGCGUUAGGGAAGUUGAAGACACCGAUGUUGGGGAUGACAUGGACGAAUUUGUUGGAUGGGAGGGUGGCUUUAGUUAAAGGGAGUGCCAGGAGGGAAGAUGGGGGCCUUGUAGGGGAAGAUGGUGAGGGGGAAGGGAGGACGAGGAGGUGGGUUAAGGUUGUUUUUGCACCGUGGGCGGAGAGUGGGGUUUUGUUGGAGUAUGAGAUUUGGGAAGGCGGGGUAAGAAGUGUGAAGACUAUUAACGAGGUCAUUGACGAGGUAUCAUGA